CUGUUUACAAAUGGCUGGUGUAUACUAACAGCGAGAAAUGGGAGGGUGUAUAUCACAAGUCCCCACUGUACAGCAUGCAGAUAAUGACAAUGCAGUUGAGCUAACCCGGGUUUCACAUUUAGAAAGGAAUCCUGCUAGUGAACAAAACACAAACGAGCAACAGCAUCAGAUUGAAUGUCUAAAAGAGAGAAUUCAACAACUCGAAGCCGAAGUGACACGUGUUAAAGAGCGAAUGUUACAUGGUGAAGAGCAAAGAGCGUGUGAAAAAAAGCAAAUUGAGGAACUUGAAAAGAAAGUCGUGGAUCUUAAAGCUGAGUCAGAGAAUAAAACACGUAAAUUAGCUGCACUUCAAUCGGAAUUGGAAAGAAGACCCACGAGUACAUAUAACAUACAACACGUUGAUACAGUCCACGCUUCAGACACGGCAACUCAUGCAAAGACAUUGACUACUUAUACGUCUAGUGAAAUGCUGGUCGACAACUCGCAAACUGUCAAUUCAACGGAAGAGCACAUUUCCGUCAACGAAAACACUGAAACUCGUACAGACAGCACUGAUCAAAUACCAAAGCCGAGACCCGAUUGGAAAUUAUAAUGAAUCGUUUAUUUAACAUACUGAAUUAGGGGUAUAUUUUGCAUUUCCAUAUUUCCAUGUUGGCAUGAAGUGCAGGGACGACCAUAAAUAUUCCAAGAAACACAUUGUCGCUGUUUUGUAAUACUAUGAUUUCCUGGGACCCAAUAUCGUGCUUUCCGGACAAAACACCAUUUUGUGGGUACAUGAACUCGUUGAUUAUUUCAUUUAGGACCUAUGAUUACCUAUCUUGUUUUUUUUAAAUAUCGCGUUCUAUAGUGUAGUUAAAAGCAUAUUUAUCGAAACAAUACCUUAUUUUUUGUAUUUCAAAACAAGCAGUUACGAUUACAUAUACUUAUUUUUAGUUACUUUGAUGCUAAAUCACAAAUGUUUAUUUAAGAGACAAACAUUGUAGCUUUUCUGACUAGGAGUGCAGUAACAUUAUAUAUUUAUAGGUUAUUACAUGCCUGUUUUCAUAUCAGACCCCAG